UCAAAAAAAUAAUAAUACGUUUUUGUGUGAAUACUAACUUUUUCAAUAUUUGAUUUCAAUCAUAUUUUUCAGAAAACAACACUUUACUGAUGAAAUAAAAGAUAGAAACAGAUAUGGCAAAAGGAAAUCGUACAAUGGUUAAUAUUGAUCAAACAUUUUUAACCAAUAAAUAUCCGUUUAAUGAAUCUUCAUUAUCAUCUUUGUCUAGUCAUCCUCAACAACAACAUCAUCAUCAUCAUCAUCAUCAAAUUAUUACUUCCGAUAAAUAUAAUAAACAAUUUCGAUAUAAUAUUAAUGAACAAUCGAUUGAUGGUGUCGAUGAUCUUACGAAUGAAUCGUAUUUACAAUCAAUGCAACAACAACAACAAAAACAACAAGAUUCAACAUUAAUGGCUAAUAAAUUAUCGGUCAGUUCAUUGCCAAUUCGAAAUGGCAUCAACUAUAGCAGUAUGAAUGGAACGAAAUUUCGAAAAUAUCAAAGCGAUCUACAGUCAAAAAUGAACAUCACAAAAAUGCCACAAUUGUUGACAAACAAAGCCGAAAUAACAUCAUUGAAUGAAUCUCCACAAUCAAACAAAUCAACAGCGGUGACACUUGUUGUACCAACAUCAAUAUCGCCUUCAUCAUCAUCAUCAUCACAAGUUCAAAUGACUUCGGGGCAGAUUUCGAACACAUCAAAUCAGACAGCCACAACAUCGGUAUCAUUACCAUCGGUAUCGGCUACAGUUGGACAACGACAAAAUCAUGGAAAAAAUUAUCAAACAAAUAUUUCUUUAGCAAUGAUGACGCCAAAUAACCUGAUUGCUGGUAAUCAACAACAUCAAUUUCCUCAUAGUCAACAUUCUCAUCAAAAACAUCAUAAUCAACAACAACAACAACAUCAGCUUCAUUCACAACAAAAUAAACAACAGCAACCAUUGCUCAAUAGUUUAUCGAUGUUGGAAUCAUCAUCAUCAUCAAUACUUCAUCAUCAACAACAACAGCAGCAUCAACCAACAGUAGCUAGUCAACAAAUGAUUAAUAAUAAUAACGGAAGUCAUCAUCCUCAUCAUCAUCAUCAUAAUCAUCAUCAAUAUUACGAACCAUCACCGAUAAUGUCAACCGGUGUAAAUGAUCAUCUUAUCCAUACGAAAUCGAAUCCAAAUCAUAAUCAAUUAUUAUUACCAACAUCUUCUUCAUCAUCGAUAUUUUGUACCGGAAAUUUUUAUCGUUUAAACGGUAUCGGUGAAUUAUUGGCAUCAUUAGCUUUAAUGUGUAUACUAUCAUUAUUGAUGGCAUUUUUAGCAUUAUCAUUUAUUCAAAGAUCAUAUUCAAUUUCACAAUUAUCUGCCAACACUGCCAAUAUGAUGAUACCAAAUGAACAAUUAAUAAAUAACAAUAAUAAUAAUUCAUUACAUUCAAAACAUUCAAAAUUAUUUCAUACAACCAAUAUUAACAAUAAUGAUGGACAAUUUAAUCAAAAAAUUGUUGCCAAUGCAAAAGAAUAUGUAAAAGUAUUUCAAAUUUCGGUAUCAUUAAGUACAUUGACUAUUGCAUUAGAUCUUUGCUGUUUAUUCGUAUGUUGUAUACAAUUUUUAUCCAUUAUUAAAUUAUUGAAAACACCGUUUGGAGUUCGAAGAUCAUUCGAAUUCAUUCGGAAAACAUCACAUAUACGAAUCAUUUCGAUUGGUGCAUUUCUUGUUUCGAUACCAAUCUUUUUCACUGGUGUAAUUCUUUAUACAUUUGUUAAUUUUGAUGAAAUACCUGCAUUAAUAACUUCGAUUAUAAUUGGAAUCGGUAUAAUAUUCUGUGGUAUUGCAUCCGUUCAAAAUGUUUACCUUUGGCAGUGGGAAAAAACUAAAGCCAGUCAAGAGAUGCAACAAUUCUAUCAUCAACAACAACAACAACAACCACAAUCACAACAGCAGCAGCAAAAUCUUCAACAACAACAACAAUCCUCAUUUGUUUAUGAAAAUGGACAAUUAAACAAUACGAAUAAUUUAUCAUCGACAUCAUAUCAGCAAGCCGAAUUAUCGACAUUAGUAUGAUUAUUAUUGUUGAAAAGCAAACAAACAAAAAAAAAUUUAGUCAUUAUUGUUGUUGAUUUCCAUUAAAAUUUAUCGAAUCUUUUAAAAACCAUUCUUACACGUACACAGAAUUUUCGAAAUCAAUUCUUUUUUUUUG